UUUAUUUUAACUGUAAUAUUAUUUUUAUAGAUGAAUAUUUUAAAAAUGAGCUCCCAUAUCCCAGAUGGUGCUGAACAAACCAGACCAACUCCAUCAGUAAGAGAAUUAUUUGCCAGACAAUUAUUACAAAAUACUCAUAUUCAUGAUGAACCACAUCUCGAACAAGUAAUUCUUGACAACAAAGCUGCAAGAUUAAAAGGUGAUGUUCCUCUUCCAUCAGUGGGCAUUAUUGGUGCUGGUAUGGCCGGUUUAUAUUCUGCUAUGCUUCUUCAAGAUUUAGGUAUUCAAUACCAUAUUUUAGAAGCAAACAAAGAAAGAAUUGGAGGUAGAAUUUAUACUUAUAAAUUCCCAAAACAAGUAGCUAACGGAGAACCAUAUCCAUACGUUGACUUAGGUGCUAUGCGUUUCCCAAAGAUUUCAAUUAUGGAUCGUCUCUUAUCAGAUCAACCAUGGUCACUUUUCUCAAAAUUAGAAAAAGCAGGCCACAAAGUUCCAACUGUUCCAUACCAUCUUUCAAAUGAUAAUAAUAUCAGAUAUUACAAUGGUAAACGUAUCUACGCAAGCGAUACACUCACUGGUGACCCAUUAUACUUUAGCGAUACUAAAAACGGUGGUCAAGGUACAGCAGUUCCAGAUCAAUACUGUAUGGUUCCAUAUACAGAUAUUCUUUACAAAGAGUAUGAUAAGUUUGCUGAUGAAAUGUCUGAAGAUUUCAAUGCAGGCUUUAACAAAUUAUUAGAUGCUGAUAACAAUUCAACAAGAGCUUAUUUACAUAAACGUCUUUUCCCACAAACUGCUAUCAAUUUCUUUGAAACUAUGGAAACCGGUACCGGUCUUUAUGAUAUGGCUUUCAGCGAAACAAUCAUGGAUUACUUUGAUUUCAGUGGUUCAGAAUGGUUAGCUAUCGAGGGUGGUUCAGAAGUUAUGGUUCAAAAUAUACUUAAAACUUUAAAACCAGAUACCAUUGAACAAGGUACAAUCGUUUCAAAGAUUUCACAAAAAGUUGUUGAUGAAAAGGUAAAGGGUCUUGACGUCCAUAUCAUCGGUCAAGAUACUCCACGUACUUAUGACCAUGUUAUCAGUACUGGUACAUUAGCUUCAUUACGUACCAUGGACUUAAAUGGUUUAAGUUUAUCACACAACAAGAGAUUAGCUAUCCGUACCCUUAACUAUGACCAUUCAGUCAAGAUUACUCUUGCCUUCAAUAAGCGUUGGUGGGAAGAUUCAACUUUCAUGAAAGGUAAACCAAUCUUUGGUGGUACAACAUCAACAGAUCUUCCAGUUCGUAAUAUUGUUUAUCCAUCCUAUGGUAAUCAUGUUGAAGGUGCCUCUGGUAUUUUAAUUGUCAGUUACACUUGGGCUCAAGAUGCUUCAAGAAUCGGUAGUUUAGUAGGUGAUGAUGGUGGUGAAAAACUUUUAAUUCAAAUUUGUAUGAAGAAUCUCGCAGAAGUUCACGAUAUUGAAGUCUCAGUAUUAAAUGAAAUGCUUGUCGACUUUAAAUGUUGGGAUUGGUAUAACGAUAACUAUUCAAUGGGUGCAUUUGCAUUAUACUCACCAGCUCAAUUCACCCAACUUUUCCCAUCAGUAACUAAACCAACUCCAGAUGGUAGAUUCCAUUUAGCUGGUGAAGCUACCUCGGUACAUCAUGCUUGGGUUAUCGGUAGUUUAAAUUCAGCUUAUCGUGCCGUUGAUCACGUUUUAAUGGUUGAAGGUCUUGACGAUUUACGUCUUAAAUUAAGAGAAAACUGGGGUUUCAUUGAUGAAUGUGAAGAUCCAUAUUACUCAUUAAGAGAUAGUAGUGCAGGUUGUUUUGUUGAUCCAAAUCACAUAAAAGAAACUACAAAGAAACUCAAAGUUGCUCAUGUUGAUAAUGCUACUCCUAAAUUAAUCUAUAAUGCUCUCCUUAAAAAACCAACACACAAAACUACUGCUGCAGUUAUUGGAGGUUUAAGUAGAUAAAUCCAUUUGUAUUACCACUCAAAGUAAAUUAUUUUAAAAAAAAUAAAAAAAAUAAACUUAGAAAAUAAAAAAUCGAUAAUUAUCGAAAUCAAUAUUAUAUUUCAUAGGUU